UGUCUUGUCUUCUUAUGUCCAUAUGUGAGCAGUUUGUUCUCUGGAAAGCACAGAGUAUUGUCUUACAGCUCAUUUCACAUCCUCCAUUCUGUAUCGUGUCCCAGAUGUGUGGAUGUAUAGCACAGGAAGGUGUAUCUGACAUUUCAUUACUUGCUACAGUGGUGGAUGGACCUUCUGCGGCCCUUUGCUUCUGAUUGGCCAAAGUGUGCCAUCAAUCUAUGUGCCUACUGUACCUUUCAAAAUAAAGAAGAAUGUGUAGGCUACAUGGAGGUGGAAUGCCAUGGUGAUGCAGAUGGACUAUCCAGCACCUGUGGGGAAACUCUCCUUUACUGGAGACUUGAAGGCGCCACUCUCAGACACAGUCAAGUACUGCAUCCUGGGUAUCUCAAUCAUUCUUCUUCUCCUGGCACUCGGUAUCUUGGCAUGGCAGACCUUCAGAUGCUGCACACAAACACACUCCUCAUUUUCUCAGCACAACUCUUUGAACAAUGAUCUACUGAACUCAGAUGAAAAACAAGGAACAGCAGGAGGAGCUCCGUGUACCAGGGUGGAGGAUGUAAACAAAGAGGUCCAAAGGCUGAGUCGCUGUCUCUCCCAGAACUUAGUUCCCUCCUCUGAUUCCAGCCAGACAGAGGAAGUCAUGGGAGAUCAAGCAAGCAUUAAAAAGGUUGAUGGAACACUACGAUUCUCCAUCUAUUAUGACCAGCUACAGUCCUGUCUAGUGGUAACCAUCUUGAAGGUGGAGGGACUUGUAGAGCAUAGUCAGAAGUGCAACCUCCAUCCAUUUGUCAAGAUAAGUCUCAUGUGGGCAGGUUCACAUGGACUAGAGUUGGAGAGCAGAGUGAAUGAGGAGUGCCAAGUGCUGUGGACAGUGCUGCAGGAGUGGCGGACUCGUAUUGUGAAGGGCAGCUGUAAUCCUUUAUUUGGAGACCAGUUCAGCUGUGUUUUACAUGAAGAUAAGGAGCUUCGUCACAUGAACCUUAGGAUGGAGGUGAGGGACUUUGACAAAUUCUCCAGACACACAGUUUUAGGAGAGGUGAGGGUUCCUCUGGGGCAGCUCAACAUCUCCUACCCCCUGGAGCUCCAAGAAAAUCUUCAGAUACCCCAGAAGGAUCUCGUGGGAGAGGUGCUUUUAUCAUUGAAGUUUCUUCCCACCUCUCAGAGGCUUGAGGUUGGACUGCUGAAAGUUAAAACAGUCCUGCCAGAAAUAUGCUCAGAAAAAGCCUUGUAUGCCAGGAUCAGUGUGCAGUGCAACCAGUGCAAGCUCAGGUACCAGAAAACCUCUUCCAUAGCCUACUGCCUGGUGACCGUCUUUAAUGAGAUCCUUAUGUUCUCUCUACCAGAGUUUCCUCUUGAGCAAUGCAAAAUUUUGGUCUCUGUGUUUGAAAUCCAUAUGACAAAGAAAUCCACCAAACACCUGAUUGGACAGUUGACUGUGGAGAAGGACAAAAGUUCAGAGGACAAACACUGGAGCUUAAUGAUGGGCUCUGUCCGCCAACCAGUAGCAAGGUGGCAUGGACUGCUGUUGUGACUCGUUCUCAUAUAUUCUGUCCUGGACUUUGUGUAUGCUUGUUAGUGUGGCUAUAGAGGAUGAGUUCUAAUUGCAGUGGUAGGAAGACCUCCCUGCUACAAUCAGGACAGUAAAGGAAUAUCCUCAAUAAGUGUGCUUUCAACUGGCUUGAUUACCGAAUCUUCCUGUUAUCUUUCUUAGCUCCUUAUCUUAUCCCUAUAACAUCAAAAAUAACUCUAAAAAUAGGAUAUUUGAAUUUAUUAAUUAAGAAAUUUGCACUCACCUGGUAAAUAACAUUAUCACACAUUAUCAUUUGUAUUUUGCUGUAUUUACCACUUCAAUAAAUGUUUUUA